GGUCAGCCAGGCCAGGGCUCCUCUCCUCUCCUCCUCCUCGGGCUCCUCCUCCUCCUCCUUCCGCCGGCGCCUGUAACCAGGAAGCCCGAGCAGGAAGCGUGUCUGUUGGAUGCGAGAGGGGCGCCUGGGCCGCUAUGGAGGGCGCCGCCCGCGAGUGUAAAAAUCACAGCCAUGGUCCCCUUCGCCACCAUGGGCACAGCUGGCCUAAUAUGCAUGAUGACAAAGAUGUACUUAAAGAGAAAGAUGUGCUUCCUUUGGUGGAGGACUACAGUAGUUUCGAUAUUGUCAAAGCAACCCAAUACGGCAUUUUGGAACGAUGUCAGGAGUUGGUAGAAGCAGGGUAUGAUGUAAGACAGCCAGACAGAGAAAAUGUAACUCUUCUUCAUUGGGCAGCAAUCAAUAAUCGUCUGGAUCUUACAAAGUUCUUUAUUUCCAAAGGUGCAGUGGUGGAUCAACUAGGAGGAGAUUUAAAUUCAACUCCACUUCAUUGGGCUGUUAGACAAGGACAUUUAUCUAUGGUCAUACUACUGUUAAAAUUUGGAGCAGAUCCCACUCUCAUUGAUGGUGAAGGAUACAGUAGCCUGCAUUUAGCAGUCCUUUUUCAGCAUAUGCCCAUCAUAGCCUACCUCAUAGCAAAGGGUCAGAAUGUGGACACAACUGAUCACAAUGGGCAAACACCUCUUAUGCUGUCAGCCCACAAAGUAAUUGGGCUGGAACCUACUCGAUUUCUAUUAAAGUUUAAUCCUUCUAUCAAAGCUGUAGACAACAUAGAGAAGAACACUGCGUUGCAUUGGGCAAUUACAGCAGGAAAUGUUAGUGCUGUAGAUGUAUUACUAGAAGCUGGGUCCAGUUUGGACAUCAAAAAUCUCAAGGGACACAGACCACUUGAUCUUGCACAUCAAAAUAAAAAUCGCCUAAUAAUUCACUUGCUUUCGGAAGAAGAAAAAACAAGAGCCAGAAGGACAUCAAGGUUUCUGAGAAGUCUGGAAAAAAAUGAGUUCUUGUUUCUGAUUGUCUCAUCAUUGGUGUUGAUAUGGGCCAUAGGAUAUGUAGUGGAUCUAAAUUCAGAUUCUUGGCUCUUGAAAGGAAGCUUGCUAAUCUUCCUAUCCAUUGUUCUGUCCGUUUUUGCAAGGAUAUUCAUAGGAUUUAACAAACUAAAAUAUUUCCCUGUAGCAUUUUUGCUUGGUUCUAUCUUCUGGAUAUCGUGGACCUGUUUCAUCUAUUUUCUGCCUAAUUUUUCAACUACAGUUUCUCAGCUUCCCUUCUUCUUUGGUAUAGUGGGUCUUCUCUAUUAUUUCUACAAAACUGUCAGAGUGGAUCCUGGAUACAUUAAAUGUACAGAAGAGGAGAUUAAAAAGAAUAUCAUUAACCUUGCAGAAACUGCCUCCUUGGAUUUCAGAACCUUUUGCACAUCUUGUCUUGUCAAAAAACCUUUGAGAUCCAUGCAUUGCCAUGCUUGCAACUCAUGUGUAGCUAGAUAUGACCAGCAUUGCAUUUGGACUGGACAGUGUAUAGGUGUUGGCAAUCAUUCUUAUUUCCUCCUGUUUCUCCUCUUCAUGACAAUUGUGAAUAUUUGGGGUUUAUAUGGAACAAUUCUGUAUUGGUCAGAACACUGUACAACAACAUACCAGCAAGAUGGAGCAUGGACUUCAUUCACACAGAUUGUGUCUUGUUCUCCAUGGGUGUUAUACAUUUUUAUCCUCAUAUGUUUUCACACUUCAUGGGCUACAUUGCUGCUGGUCCUUCAGCUUUAUCAGAUUACAUUUCUUGGAUUGACUUCACAUGAGAGGAUUACUCUCUGGAGGCAGAAUAAGCAUUCAAAGCAUCCUGUUUCACUCAGGAAAACUCCAUAUAACCAUGGAUGUCUCCAGAACAUAGCAGACUUCUUUCAGUGCAGAUGCUUUGGAAUGUUCAAGCCUAACGUUACUGACUGGAGUAAGCAAUACACUCUAAGAUUUCAUUCACUGAAAGAUCAGAGCACUCAUUCUGUGUGAGGAAAACUUGCAUGAGAUCUUGGGGAUAUACUGGAUAGUUAUAGAAAGUUGUAAAAUUGUAUACUGUACAAUAUAUGACAAAUUUUGUAAUUUCCUUUGCUGUAUCUUUCUUGUUUCUUUUUUGGGAAGAAGGUAAUGUUUACAUGUAUAAACUGUAUUAAAAAACAUAAUGCAAAGAUAACUGGUUUAUGUGACAUUUUCAAAUUGUUUAAUUUGGAAGGAAAUACAACUGUGAAAUACAAUUUUUAAAAGUGAAAGGUAUAUUUUUAAAAAAAUAAAGCAACCUGGAAAUCCUAUGCAUUAUUCAUACAUGUCUGCCCAUUGAAGUUUAGUCUUAACGAUUAAGGAAAAUAAAAUAUGUUUUGAAAUGUCAAAAUAUUUUAGUAUAUGAAAGUUUGUAAGCUUUAGUGAUUUAUCUCUCUGUAUUGUAAAUCUGUGUAUAAAGGCUGCUCAGAUUUAUUAUAUUUAUGAUCACAUUUAUUAAAUUAGAUCUGUUUUGUA